GCGGUGUGCGGGAGGAGCGCGUGUCGGGGCGGUGUGUUAAGACUAUACUCUCAGGGAUCAUUUCUGUAGUUGGUCACUAGAGGAGAGUGAUCGCCUGUGAGCGGCGUCACAAGCCACGAGGAGGAGCGGGGUGUUCUCUCCUGAGCGCGAAGCGGGCGGGCGGUGCUGCUUGUGCAGGGGCCGCUCGCCAUUGAUGACCGUUCCCGGCCCUCUGUGUGGGGCUCGGGAGGGAGAGAACACGGGCUGAGUGGUUUGUGGCCCUCUUUUUAUCAAGGUUAAAAAAUAGGUUGGCUUCCUUACCUACACUACCCUUCCCCUCUUUAUUCCUAUCUCUCGUCUGUAUAUGGUCAUCUCCUUCCCGUCUGUCAAUUAAUUCCACACGGGAAUUAAUUACUUUUGAACAAAAUCAAAACAACCCAAUACUGGAAAUCACCGAGGGUUCUGACUGGAGAGGGACCCCCAAGCAUCAUUGAGCUCAUCCUGGAGCAAACGGCCCAUGCGGGGAUCGAACCGGUGACCUUGCCCUUAUCAGUGCCAUGCUCUGACUAAUUACUAAUUUACUUAUUUAUUAAUUCUGUUCUCCUGUGUUCGGUGUGCUCAUCCAGCUCUACCUAUAUAUCCAUCAUUUGUACUUACACAGAUGAUGGAUAUAUAUAUCCAUAUAUAUAUAUUUCCACAUAUAUAUAUACUUAUACACCCAUCUCUCUAAUUUAAACAGUACAUAUAAGUCCUUACUAGUUCCUUACAUGUAAAUGUCCUUACAACAUGUAAAAAUACAAUUUAUUACUUAUACAUCCUUUAUUUAAAGUCCUCGUGGGCAAGCAGUUCUUGCAAUCCUUAUAGAAAGUCGCAAAAAAUAUAAUUUGCUCUUUUUCCCCAAAAUUUCUGCUGCUGUAUUAUCUUACCUGCAGCAGCUCAGAGCAGCCAGUUCUGUGGAGAUGAACCACCAGCUUUUAUUAAAACAAGCACCACCUCAGAAUAUCUUUGGUUUCCUUGCAGGGACUUUUGUCGAUGCUGUGAAUUCCAUGGGCCAAACCUGUCUCUUCACUGCUGCACUGCUGGGGCUGGGUAAAAUAGUGGAUGUGCUGCUGGAAUAUGGCUCGGAUGCCAAUCAUCGCUGCUACGACGGGAGCACCCCGGUGCACGCGGCUGCUUUUUCAGGAAACCAGUGGAUCCUCAGCAAGCUGCUGGAUGGAGGAGGAGACCUCCGAGUCCACGACAAGGAGGGGAAAACCCCCCAGAUCUGGGCUUUGUCAGCCAGCAAGGAAAGCAGUGCUCAGAUGCUGGAAUUUAUGCAGCAGUGCACACUGCACAUGCAGGCUGCAGUUUGGAAUCUUCCCUCUGACCUCCUCAGGAAAGUUGGCUCCUCAAAAUCCUUGAUCUGCAGCCCCUCGAGGUUUGGUGGCCUUGUCCAAGGAAAUGCUGAGAAUCCUCUGGGUAAAUUACUGAAAGGCCAACGCAGCGUGGCCAGGAACAUUUACAGCUUUGGUUUUGGGAAGUUCUAUCUCGCAGGCAGUGGCCACCUGGGCUACCUGGCCUCUCUCCCGAUCAUUGGGGACAGAGAUGUGGCCCAGGCUGACGAUGAACCUGCAUUUUCCUACCAUGUGGGGCCCUACAUGGCCAUGACCAACCUGGUGUGGGGAGGCAGCCGGGUGACAGUGAAGGAGCUGAGCCUGCAGCCCCAGCAGAGCGGCGCGAGGCUGCGCCUGGCCGAUCUCCUCCUGGCAGAGCAGGAGCACAGCAGCAAACUCCGCCACCCUCACCUGCUGCAGUUGAUGUCUGUUUGUCUGUCCAGUGACCUGGAGAAAAUUCGUUUGGUCUAUGAGAGGGUUCACUUUGGCUCUCUCUACAGCAUCCUCCAUGAAAGGCGUGCAGAAUUCCCAGUGCUGCAGACAGAGACCCUCCUGCACGUGUUGCUGCAGGUCAUCGACGCCCUGCGUUUCCUGCACUCCCGGGGCUUCAUCCACCGCUCCCUCUCCUCCCACGCCGUCCAAAUCGUGUCCCCUGGGGAGGCCAAGCUCUGCAACCUGGAGUACGUGAUAGAGAGCAAGGACAGUGGAGAGCACAGUGACCUGACCCGAAUUCCUGUCCCAGUCCAGCUGUUCCGCUGGUGCUCCCCUGAAAUAAUCCGGAGGAAGCCUGGCACAGUUAAAUCAGAUGUUUACAGCUUCUGUGCACUGCUGCAGGAGGCCUUGACAGAGAGCCCUCCCUGGAAAGGUGUGGAAGACUCAGGUGUGGAGCAGCUCAUCCUUUCAGGGGAGCAGCUGCAGGCAGAUGCCAGGCUCCCCCUGCUCUAUUUUGAUGUUGUCAAGUCAGGGCUGGAGCCCAAGCAGAGGAACCGCUCCAUGAAACUUCAAGAUAUUCAAUAUAUCCUGAAUAAUGACUUAAAGGACUUGGUGAAGGCUGAGGGUGGUGGAAUACACAGAGCACAGAAAUCUGCUGUUCAUGCAGAUGUGAACAUCUGCUGGGCAUCAGCUUUCAGCUUCCAGAAGAGGACUGUGGAAUUCCAGGAAAAAGGGAUGAGCAAGGGGGGUGGCUUUUCUGCCCCCAAAGACUCUGUUUUCCCCAAGGAGAGCAGUUCUUUGGUGGCACAGGAGGCACCGGGCAGUGCAGAGCCAGCACAGGACAGAAAUGUGAAUGACUCCUCUGAGCUGCAGACAGGAGCUUCUGACUGCAGUGAGAGCGAUGUGGAUGGGAGCCUGUGCAGCUUUGAAAGGAAUGAAAUCCUGGCCAGUUAUCCAGAAGGUCCCCAGGAGUUCCUGGGAGGAGGAGCUGGGUUAGGCCAAGCUCUAGAGGAUGCAGAGAGGCAGCAAAAGGAAGGAGAGCAGAGCCAGUGGGAGAGCGAGGAGGAAGGGGAAUCCUCGGGGUCCACCACGGGCUUCACUGGAGAGGAGGAGGAGGAGGAGGAGAUGGAAGAAGAGGAGGAGGAAGAAGAGGAAGGGGUGAGAGAAGCCUCUCCCCUGUCCCAGGUGAGGGGAGAUGCUGGCAGGAGGCUGAGCAGCCGUUCCCAGAGCGAGCAGCUCAUCAGCAAAUGCGCCCUGAACCUCAAGAUCAUGCAGAGCAUGCUGCAGCAGGCUGGGGAUUCCCUGAGCAGGACAGAGGAGAAGCUAGACAGGAUGGAGGCCAUGGGAAAGCAGAAGAAGCUGCUCCAGGAACUCAGGAUGAAUCUGCUCCCUGAGGAAAGUUCUCAAGGGAGACACUGGAGUGGGUCUGAUGCUGCUUCCCAGAGCACCGAUGAGGCUUUUUCUGGAGCUGAUAUUUUUUUACACAAGGCUGUAGCUCCACCAUCCAGGGACUACAUUCCACCAACAAUAACGUGUCAGGCACCAGGCAGAGACAGCUUCCAGGCUGUUCCCAGGACAGCCAAGGAAAGAGAGGCAAUUCCAAAUGAGAAGUGGAAGAGCAAAAUUGCAAGCACCCGUCGUGAUCCGGGCUGCGGCGUGGGCAAAGGCCUGGGGGAUGAGCAUUUCCUCCCACACGUGUCUGCCAGAUGCCAAAAGAAGUUCAACGUGCAGUGUCAGAGAGGAGCUGAUUCACAUCCUGCAGCAAGAAGGGAAGGGGAGAAGUGGUGCCAUUCAAAACCAAGGGCUGAAUUCUGCAGCAAAAAAAGCAGUGACAGGAGGAGGGUGGUGCAGUCGGGAUGGAGGACUGAAGUCAAGCACAUGGCCAGGAGAGCGGCCUCAGGGCGGCUGGGGCUCGGCUGCCCUUACCCUGCUGGGGAAUGCACGUCGGAAAGUGAAGCAGAAAGUGCCAAGGAAAGCCCCCGGCGUGUCCCUGCUGGUGUCCCCAAAAGGCAGCAGCAGCAGCAGGGGAGGUGUGGGUGGCAGCCAGGUGAGCCCUGGGACCUGGGCAGCGAGGAUGGAACCGAGUCUGGGGAGAGUGAGCUGGAGCCUGCCCCCAGGAGUCCCCCAGGGAGGAGCUGCCAGUCCCCAGCACCAGAUGAGGAAGCAGAGUCUGGAGUAGCCAUUCCUGAGAGUUCAGUCCUUCCUCAGCAAGCUGAGAAUCUUUCUAGAGGACACUCAAGGGAAUUACAUUGUUCCCUUAAUUCACCUCCUGAUGUGACUGAAGAAUUCUUCACUCCUGAUUAUUUCCUUCCUCCUGCUCUUGAGGGAAGGUCAGAGCCCUCAAACGCUGAGGGCAAAGCAGGAGCUGUUUGUGCAGGAUUUUCACAGAAAUUACCUGGAGAGGCAGCAUCAGGAAUUCAGGCUCCAGGAGGAAAAAUACUAUUCUGCAGCACAACACCACAGAGCUGUGGCAGUAACAAGCUGGGAGUGAAUCAGCUGAGCCCAGUGCCUGGAGCCAGUGUGGAUGCAGCACGAGAAGCAACGCUGUGGGAGCCACAGGAAGAAAGCCAAGAAAAGGACGUAUCAGUGGCAGAUAUUCAGGAUUUGUCCAGCAUCCCCUGUGAGCAGAACUUCCAGAGGGGUGUGGAGUGUAAAACCCCUCGGCUGAGCCACGCUCCCACCAGUGUCAGCACCCCCCUGGGCUCAGAGGAAAAAAUUCCAUUAGCCUUUGAGAAAUACAAACACUGCCGUGAAUUUCCUUCAGAUUCUUCCUUUUGUGGCUCUCAAGAGACCUCCACAGUGUUCAAGACUUUCACCACAGCCUGUGAGGAGGAGAGGAGCAUGGAAAUUCCAGUGGUGGCUCCAAGAGUUUGCCCAUUUGUGCUGAAAGAGCCUGUUGGGUUGCCACCAGUUGCUUCAUCCCUGAGAAACACCAGGCAGGCACCUGCACUCUCAGAGGCAUCUCCCCCCUCCAUUGAUAAGCUGCCUCCACCAGCCCAAGAGCUGCUGGAUGAAAUUGGGCUCACUCCAGUCUCGAUGAUAUUUUGGAAAGAAUGCUCCAUGCAGGAGAUGAGGAGAUCCAAGAACGACUUCAGGCACUCACUCCUGGACGAGCAGCCCAAGGAUCACAAAUCCCACCCCCAGCAGCAGCUGCCUCCAGCUCCACCCUUCAGGAUAAUUUUUUUGGAUAAGAGCUCUCUCCAUGAUUAAAACACAGAAUGAAUAAGUUCUACACCUCACCUGCUUGCUGCAGUGUUUACUCUGUGAACUACAGCCCCUUUUUGGCCACAUAAACACCUGUAAAGCUCAGAUUUCCUUGAACAGCAGCAGCAAGUACAGAAAAAAAAUCUAA